AUGGGGCAAUAGGCGGGGCGCCUUGUCCUCUACUUUACGUCGCCGCACUCCAGGACAUUUCUCUGCCUCGUGUACUGCAACAAGAGAUACAGUAAAUCCAAAGGAUCACAUUUAAUCUCAUUGAAUUACAGGCACAGGUCACAACUUUAAAACCUAUUAUCCACUAUCACCACCGCUGCCGCCUCCAACUCCAGGUGCCCGGUCGAGCCUGGGUCAAAGUGGUGGAAGUGUAUGAAAGUGUAGUGCAUUACAACUAAGCUAUCAGUGAGAGUAAAGUGGGGAGAACAGCGGUACUGUUUGAAUCGUAUAGGUGUCUCUUGCUAACUGGAAAACGUUCAUACCAAGAUGCCCCUGUCGAGAUCCCUGUCAAUGACCUCCUUGAAUGGAUUACCCCUAUGGGAAGAUGAGGAUCUGCCUGUUGAAGACUUGAUUCUUUUUGAAGUUGCUUGGGAAGUUACCAACAAAGUUGGUGGAAUUUACACAGUUCUCCAGACAAAAGCCAAGAUCACAGUGGACGAAUGGGGGGAGAACUUUUUCAUGGUGGGGCCUUACUUUGAACAGAAUGUGAAGACGCAAGUGGAGCUUUGCGACCCCACAAAUCCUGCUAUUCAAAGAGCAAUAGACAAUCUGAAGACAAACGGCUGUCAAGUGUACUUUGGAAGGUGGCUAAUAGAAGGGAGUCCAUAUGUGAUCCUAUUUGACAUCACUUCAGCUGCCUGGAAUCUUGACCGAUGGAAAGGGGAGUUUUGGGACAUAUCUGGUAUUGGCCUUCCCUUUCAUGAUCGAGAGGCAAAUGACUCUCUAAUCUUUGGCUCUUUAAUUGCUUGGUUUUUCAAAGAGCUCACUGACCAGUUUCAGGAUAGACCUAAUGUGAUUGCACAUUUCCACGAAUGGCAAGCUGGGGCUGGACUCUUGCUGUGCCGCUCUAGAAAACUUCCGAUUGCGACUAUUUUUACUACCCAUGCUACUCUUCUUGGAAGGUACUUGUGUGCAGGAAAUGCAGAUUUUUACAACAACCUAGAUAAGUUUAAUAUUGAUAAAGAAGCUGGAGAACGGCAGAUUUACCACCGAUACUGCAUGGAACGAGCAGCAGUCCACUGUGCCCAUGUUUUUACCACAGUUUCGCAGAUCACUGCCAUUGAGGCUGACCACAUACUGAAGAGGAAAGCAGAUGUUGUAACUCCCAAUGGCCUUAAUGUUAAGAAGUUUUCUGCCAUGCAUGAAUUUCAGAAUCUUCAUUCUAUGAACAAAACACGGAUUCAGGAGUUUGUCCGUGGCCAUUUUUAUGGGCACCUGGAUUUCAAUUUGGAAAAGACACUUUUCUUCUUCAUUGCUGGGAGAUAUGAAUUCACUAAUAAAGGGGCUGAUAUCUUUCUGGAGGCACUUGCCCGGCUUAACUUCCUGCUCAGAGUUCACAAAAGUGAUGUCACUGUCGUUGUGUUUUUCAUUAUGCCAGCCAAGACCAACAACUUUAAUGUGGAGACUUUGAAGGGACAGGCAGUGCGAAAACAGCUCUGGGAUACUGUUCAUUCUGUGAAAGAAAAAUUUGGGAGGAAGCUGUAUGAUGCAUUGUUCAAGGGUGAAAUACCAGACAUGAACAAAAUACUCGAUCGAGAUGACCUCACCAUAAUGAAAAGGGCAAUUUACUCAACUCAGCGUCAGUCUUUGCCCCCUGUGACAACACACAAUAUGAUUGAUGAUUCAGCAGACCCCAUCCUCACCAAUAUCAGGAGAAUCGGAUUGUUCAACAGCCGUAUUGACCGAGUGAAGGUUAUUUUUCAUCCAGAGUUUCUCUCCUCUACGAGUCCCCUUCUACCAAUGGACUAUGAGGAAUUUGUCCGUGGAUGUCACCUGGGUGUAUUUCCCUCAUAUUAUGAGCCCUGGGGUUAUACACCAGGAGAAUGCACAGUAAUGGGAAUCCCUAGUGUAACCACCAACCUCUCUGGCUUUGGUUGCUUCAUGCAAGAACAUGUAGCUGACCCAGCAGCGUAUGGUAUCUACAUCUUGGAUCGUCGCUUCCGAUCACCAGACGAAUCUUGCAAUCAGCUGACUCAGUUCAUGUUUGGGUUUUGUCAGCAAUCACGCCGCCAGAGAAUCAUUCAGAGGAACCGGACAGAGAGGCUGUCAGAUUUGCUAGACUGGAGAUAUCUUGGCAGGUAUUAUAUGCAUGCCCGACACCUGGCCCUGAGCCGAGCUUUUCCAGACAAAUUCAAGAUGGACCCCACAGCCCCACCACAGACUGAAGGGUUUAGGUAUCCUCGACCAUCCUCAGUACCUCCGUCUCCAUCUGCAUCUUUGCAUUCAACACCACAUCACAGUGACGCCGAGGAUGAGGAUGAUGAUGAUGAUGAAAGAUAUGAUGAAGAGGAGGAGGCUGAAAAAGACAGACAGAACAUCAAGACUCCUUUCUCCAUAGGGUCCAUUCCUAUUGGAAAGAAAAAGCAGCAUGGAGAGUAUAGAAAUUAAAGAAGCUGUUCUAUCAUUGUGCAUUUGUUAGCCAACGUCCUAGCACUGCUUUGCUAAGUAGUAACCCACCAGUCAGAAUAAGCUUUACUGAAAACACACAAGAUACAUUUUGAAGAUUAAAGUAACCUUAUGACUUAGGUAGAGAUACUAAGGGAAUUCAUAAAUUUCAUUCUCUUUACUUUUCUGCUUCCACUGCAUUUUGUAAAGUGUUUACCUUACUUUCCCUAGAUAGUGAAGAAAACCAGGCUGACUUAUAUUUUAUCUAGUUUUCUUGCCAAAAGAAAAUGUUGACAGUGUUUCUGGUAAACUGAAAUUGAUGUUUUCCUAAGGGUGAGCAUUGAAGCAUAAUUUACCAGUGGUCUGUGUAGAGCAAUUCAUGAUUUGCUUUCAUUGCUUCAGUUUCACUGCUCCGAGAUCCUGUCAGUUACACAUUCUGCCCAAGUGAUCCUGAGUUUCUCUCCAUGAAUUCAGUUUCUUUCCCAAUGCCACAGAUGUACUGUACAUUUCGCAAUAAUUAUUGGCACUAAUUCAGCUCUGUAAAAUAAUGUGUUGUGUUGUGUGUGCACAUAAAAGUGAUGGAGCAUAUUCAAGAUUGCUUCUUGUUUCAAAUCUGCUACUAUAGGUACAAACUCUGACUCAACCUUAACCUCCAAUGGAGGAAAGUGAAUAUGGGUGGAUGGGUAGAAAAUCUGGCUCCAGAGGCAGUAUUGCUAAUGCAUUUUUUUUGCAGUUAAGGGAUGUGAUUUGUACAUGUUUUGUUAAAUUACAGCCCUUUGAAAAGUGAUCUUUGAUACAUUCUGUCCUACCUUCUAAUUUCAACUAACUACUGUCAGUCCUGUCAUUUCUUUCUAGAGUCAUUUAUUUCAUAUUCAAUCUACUAUCUCACUUAAAAAUUUAUUUUUUAACAUUUCUCUCUACUCCAGGCCAAACAAGUCUAGAACCAGGUACAUAACAACUGAAGACUGAGUUCUGCAUAUAUACUGUAGGGCUCAACUCUUCCUUAAGCUCCACUAUGUCUUUAGAUAACGCAAGUCAAAUUUGCUUUAAAACUGACUACACUUUUUACAUGUAAACCUUUUCUUUGUUUAUUUCUUUACAUAGUACAGUAAAAUUCUUAUGUGUAUGCCUAAAAUUGCAGUGGAUCAAAUUACAUAUCCAGUCGUUGUCUUUACAGAGUUUACACAUCCUUCUUGUGAAAGUUUUUUCAUGCCACAGGCCCAAAGACAUACAGGUUAGGUUAAUUAGUGAUUCCAAAUUGGGUGGGUCCUGUGAUGGUUUAGCAUUUAGUUCAGGAUUGUUUCUUGCCUUGUGCCCCCGAUAAUGACUCGGAAUUUGAUUAAAGAUGUUUGAAAAUGUUAACUUAUGUCUUUCACAAUCUGACAACAUGUUAAUUCCUGAAGCAUUCAAGUCAAUACAUUUUCAGUAGUAUGGCCUUCUUUUACUGUAGUGGCUUAUUUAGACUAACCAUAAUGGCAUUUUCUGCCAUCCAUGGAAUUAGGCUAUAAUACUGGAUGGGUUUACAGCACUUACUACUGUAUGCACAAAAGAAAAAUGAGAAAAUGGAUAAAUUACUUGCAUACUUGCUUGUGUAGACAUAGAUUAUGUGGUUAAAUGGGUAUGCAUCUCCUUAUUGGAUUAAAUAAUAUGUUAAAGCAGAAAGUACUUCAUUUAUACAAUAUUUUGAGUAAACAUUAUCAUUCAUUAGGAAUUGGUUUUCCUUGCUUUUCUGUAUUGGUAACUUUUACUUUAACUUUGCCCUUAAGGUUCUUCUAGGCCAAGUAACAUAUGCUUGGCCAUUUGUAAAAACUGGAAAUGAAACAAAUUCCAUAUCAUACCAUCCUCUAAAACUAUUUAAGCCUGAGCAGGAUUGUGUGGGGGGAGCUGGAACCUAUUCCAGCAAGCACAGAACAAAAGGCAGGAAUAAUCACCUGGACAGGGCUCCGGUCUGUCAAAGAGUGAACACACCACACACAUACUAGAGCUAGUUUAGUGUUUAGGAAGAAACCAGAUCACCCUCCAUGCAAGGAACAUCCAGGAUGCAAAGUCUGGUUUUCUUACUGUGAGGCCACAGUGCUACCACUGUGCCACAAUGCUGCUAGGCGACAAGAAAUAAAUAUCAUACAUAUCUAAAGUUUGUUGAGCAAUGAAAAUGGGUAAACUGGCACAUAUGCUUGCACACCAAAAUGUAGUACAAAAAUGAAUGCAGUAUUACGUUUACAAACAAGUACAUUUGCAUCAGCCUUAAAAUAUUUAUGUAUUCUUUAUGUGGGAUGUAUUUAUUAAUACCCUGCUUGGAAAUAUAAACAGAUUUGUUAAAUCUAAAGUAUCAUCCAUGAACCCUACAUAUAUUUAAGGAUAUACAGUAUAGAGGUGAAAAAACAGAAUAUGAGGUGUUAACCCCAAGAACGUUCAAUUUUUCAUUCUUAACUGAGGGGAUCAACACUCUUUUCUUUUUUGAGAAGAACUGAACCCCAACCAGUCCUUUUUUGAUGGUGUGGCUUAUUAUGCCUGCCAGUUAUCAUUCUUGUGUACAGAUGUUUUCAUAAUAUAUGACUUUCCAAGGAAACUGUUCUGACAUUCUUCUAGUGAUAUGCAAAGGCUAUCUUCACCUAAAUCAUCUUCUGCCACAACCCUGAAAAAAGUGCCAUAUUUUCAAUGUCUUGUGUUCAACUUUAGAUUUUACCAUUUGCUUUAGGUUGUUUAUUCAGACCAUGAGUAACACUGAUGGACGAUAACCCCCUUUUUUCUUUCUUAUACUCACCUUCAUAUUAUUUUGCUGUUACCCCAUCAUUCCUUGUUUCAACAUUAUUCCCAGUAACUCCAUCUGCUGACCAUUUAUUGUCUCUGUGGAGCUGGGGGUAUGUUGGUAUCUACUAACCUUAAUGUACAGUGGGGUCAUCUCAGGAAAUUAAAUGCUUUUACCCCAAACCUUGGUUAUAUACUCUCUGUUUAGUUUUGGCAAACUUUCUAAACUUCUGAAGAAUCUGGAAAAUGGUGCUAAGAGUGUGUGGGUCUUGCCUUUAUAACAUCAUGCUGCCUUGAUGGCAACACAAAUAAAUAAUGGUUAA